UGCAAUAUUUCCCCUGAGAAAUAUUUCAAAGUCUAAUAUUUGGUGUGAAGCAUUGGGAGGCUUUAAUAUGUCAAUAAUUGAUCAUAUUGAUUUUGAUUCAUUAUUAUUUCAUGACGGUUUGUUUUGGUUUGAGCUGCUAAUAGUUGACGUGCUGCUUGUUUGGCUGCCAACACAACAAGUGCGACGAGGAGAUAGAAAGACACUUCUUUCUAGCAGUAACAGCAUCGACUUUGGUGUGGAAGGAAGCAGGGACGAGCGGUAGGGAAUGGAUGGAUGGAUGGAUGGAUGGGGGCGGAGAAAGCGAUGGGUGCUGCCUUUUACGAGGUGUCCGUGAAGGCAGCACAGUUCCCAAGGAGAAAGCCGCGCAGAAAGAGCUGGGUGGCGUGUUGACGUCGUCACACCUCACACCUCACACCUCACAAGAUACUGACUGCCUGCUCACGCCUUUUUCUGCCUUGUGUGCACACGAGCGGCUGCCACCGGAACACCGAGCCCGGCCGGAACCGGACCCGCACCCGCCGAACACAACCUGCUCCCGGAGAUCACGUGACCGAGCUGAUGGACAACUACUAAGCUGCGGCUGACUGUGAGGGAUCCUCUCCAAGGCCUUGCCAGACAUGAGGUCUCUACCAUGUGACUGCCCUCUGUCGCUGCUCCAUCCACCAGUGUCCCCUCUCUGGUCAUAGACAUGGAACCCUGCAUCACCAACCUGCGCCCGACCCCUGACCACCUGUCCACUUUCCCCAGUCCCAUGGUCCCCCACCAUAAUGGUCUUCAGGGGCCUGCCUUCCCGCUUGUGGCCAGGUGUAACAGCAGCACCCUGCUUACCAGCUUGGGUUUGAGGCACUGCUCUGGACGGCAUGGCCCCCCAGAAAUGGUGCUGGAACAGGGACUGUCUCCAGACUGCUACCUCCAAGCAGGAAGCAGCAGGCUGUACAGGAGCAUGGAGAACCUCAACUGGAACUCUGUAUCCAAUUCAAGUUUGGGAUCAUCCGAUGCUACCACUUACAGGAGUGUGGACAGUGAGUUGAUUUUACGCUACACCUCCGAGAGUCACUGGUAUGACGGGCCUCCAGAUGGAUCCAUGGUGGGAGGCCAGGGACUUGGGUCCAACCCAGAGAGCCUGGUCUAUUACCCUCAAACUGGACUCCCAAGGAAGGAUACACCCCUCAUCCCUCAAUUACUUUUUCCUGGAGGUGUUGAUGAAUGGGAUGCAAGGAAAGGCCUGAGGGUGAAGCUCCGCCUCCAGAGUGCAAGAUCUGGGGUAGAACCUCUGAAGUCUCUCCCUUUGCGACCUCAUUUGUACACAGAUGCUGGGGAGGGUGGACAUCAGAAUUCAAUACAACCAUCGUGCGGAAUACGGCUAACCUGCCCCCAGGACAUCAAGCAGGAAGUCCUGAGACGACUUCAACUGCGCCGGCAGAACAGCAGCCCGAACUUGGCGGUCCAUAGCACUCUGCACAGCUCUAAAGGGUUUCAGUCAUCCUACACAACAGACAACAUUUCAGGCAACAAGAACGAACCUCAUUCAAUGUCCGAAUUCCAAAAAAGGCCUGUUGGUCGUCUAUAUAUCCCAACAUUUGAGGAGUUUAAGAGGAUGAGACAGAAGGGGAGUGAGAGGACCUUUGAGUCCACAGCAGUUCCUGUGGUACAAGACAAUCUCCCUCUGUCUGAGGACAUCGGUCUUCCACAGAGGGGGGGCUCGGAAGCAGACAAGAGUACUGGAAGAACAAGCUCUCCGGUCUGCACAAGCCCCUCACCACGUUCGCCUUUAAAGUCCCAGGCUAGCACAGCCCAGCGAAGAUCUGUGCUGACAGGCCAAGAGAACGACAGCAACAGACGGCGCAGGAGGUGCAGUCUGGAACCAACCGGGUCAAUUCCUUUCCCUCUCAGCAGGCAAAACUUGGAACGACCCUCCAGCUGUUGCCCAGCGCUUCUUACGGAGGCCACGGACCUGUCCAGCUACGGAGCCAAGAUCUACAAGAUGAAGGAUGGCCUCAUUGGAUCAGCGCUGGACCUCAUCAAAAAGAGCUGCAGUGCAGAGAUCUCCUCCGAGGCCCCCGUCAGGCUGUCAGCUGACCCCCGCGCUGGUCCACAGCCCCCCGUUGUUGCCAUGGCAACCACGCCGACCACGGCCCGCGCAGGAGCGGAGGUUGGCGAGGAGACGGCAGCGGGAGAAGAGGACGCAGAAUGUACCACAGCGCGAGGCUGCAGGCGCUCCAGCUCGGACGCCGCUUAUGAGCUGUCACCUACUCUGAAGGCGCAGCGCGAGUGUCGUCUCCGGCCGCAUUACAGCGACCCCAUGCCCGCUGACGCCUCCAAGCGCAAGCAGCUGGAGAUGAAGAUUGCUGCCGCCGCCCACAACCAUCGGCGAGAACGAGACAGUGCUCCAGCAGCCCUUCGUGGCCACUCAGAGCCGCCAGGCGAGGAACGGCAGGUGGGGCUGGGCCUAACCCGGACCAGGCACCAUCGCUGGAGUACCAUCAGCAGCCUGAGCGCAGACAGCGGCGUCGUGGGCCUCAGCGACGAGCGCGAGGAAGAGGACAGCCAGCCCCGACGUCAGCGGCGCAGUCGCGGGGCAGAGGUGGAGCGAGUGGACAGUGGCAUCGGCCCUGGCUUGUCUCGCACCUGGAAAAGACCCUCUGCCUCGCUCCGGAACUGGGACGCGCACAGACCUUGCCUGGACUGUGGCCGGAGGGACGAAGCCAGCAAGGAGCGCUGCUGCGAGCGCUGCUGCAAGCUGCGCACCGAGCGCAAGGAGGCCCUUUUGGAGUUCCUGAAUACGGAGAGCAGCUACGGCGAGGACCUGCGCAUCAUCAAGGAGGAGUUCUUCUGCCCCAUGCAGAGCGCCGGUCUACUGACAGCUGAUCAGCUGACGGUGGUCUUCGCUAAUGUCCAGGAGCUAAUAGAUGUCAACGACCGCUUCACAGAGCACCUUCAGGAUAGCAUCGACCAAGCUCUGGACCAGGGAGACGAGGAUCUGCUGACAGUGUCCAUCGGAGAGAUCUUUCUGGAGUUUGUCAACAUGCUGCCGGCCUUUCAGACAUACUGCCUGCAGCAGUCCACCUCGGUCAACAUGCUCAACUCACUGGAGAAGGAGAAAGAACUGCUCAGGAUAUUUCUGGAUGUUUCCCAGAAUGACAACACGGCACUGCGUAGAAUGAACCUGCGCUCCUUCCUCAUGGCACCCCUUCAACGCGUCACUAAGUACCCGCUUCUGCUAAGCCGAAUCAUAAAGGUCACUCCCGAAAACCACCCGGAAUUUGCACGUCUGCGCGAGGCCAAGAGUCGCGUGGAGUCCCAUCUGGAGCACAUUAACAUGAAAACCAAGCAGGAGGGCAACGGGGUUUCCUGGUCACUCCGCUCGUUCCGCCGCGACAGUCGCAAGAACCGAGAGGUGAUCAACAUCGAAAUGCGGGAGGUGUCGAUGAAGACAGUGGGUUGGGCGAGGGAGAACACCCGAUUUGUCAUGGAGGGGCCGAUCCAGUUAUCCCAACCGGCAGACGGCCAGUGGGUGAAGAAGGGCACCAAGGCUCUCAAGUUCCAGAAUGUCCACAGUCUGCUGAUGGUGAGGACUGUGGAAAGCCAGGGACAGAGCGCUGAGCUGGAAGAGGGUGGCGGACAAAGUAUCCAAGACGGAGUCCUGGUUCUAAUCAAAGACAAGAGCAGCGGGAAAUUCGCCGUGUUGAGGGAGCCCAUUCAUCUGGGGAACUGUGUGGUGUCCAUGGACCCGGAAUGCGAUGACACUUUUGAGGUGCUCGACAUUCGGCGAGAGUCCUUUGUUUUCCGCGCCUCAGACAAGUCUCGUACUCAACACUGGUUCCAUCAGAUAAAGCGAUAUGCCCGAGACUUGGGAACGUGGAGGAAAAGACGCAACGCUUUGCCCAAUAUCAUGAUCAGUACCAACCAGAGUCGUUCAUGAGACUGCCUUGCUUCUCUCCUUGAUAAAUAACUCCAAACUGCAGAGCUGCACUUUGGAGCGUCACUAUGCUGCUGCUUCUCUCAAGUCCAGUAAAGUCUCUCAUGGACUUGAAGAGAAUAUCCACCCAACCAUAUAUUUUCUUCCACUUAUCCGAGGUCGGGUCGCGGGGGCGGCAGUCUAAGCAGAGAAGUCCAGACUUACCUGUACCCAGACACUUUGUGCAGUUCCUCCAGGGGAUCCCGAGGUGUUCCCAGGCCAGCCAGGAGACAUAAUCUUCCAAUUGUGUCCUAAGACUUCCCCGUGGCCUCCGACCGGUCGCACAUGCCCUAAACAUCUCCACAGGGAGGCGUCCGGGGUGCAUCCUGACCAGAUGCCCAAACCACCUCAUCUGGCUCCUCUCCAUGUGGAGGAGCAGCGGCUUUACUCUGAGCUCCUUCCGAAUGACAGAUCUUCUCACCCUAUCUCUAAAGGGAGAGCCCCACCACCCGGUGGAGGAAACUCAUUUCGGCAGCUUGUACCCGUGAUCUUGUCCUUUCGGUCAUAACCCAAAGCUGAUGACCAUAGGUGAGGAUGGGAACGUAGAUUGACGGGUAAACUGAGAGCUUUACCUUCCGCAUCGGAUUAUUCUUCACCACAACGGAUCGAUACAGCCUGUCGAUCUCACAAUCUACUCUUCCCUCACUCGUGAACAAGACUCCGAGGUACUUGAACUCCUCCACUUGGGGCAAGAUCUCCUCGCCUACCCGGAGAUGGCACGCCACCCUUUUCCGGGCGAGAACCAUGGACUCGGAGGUGCUGAUUCUCAUCCCAGUUGCUUCACACUCGGCUGCGAACUGAAGAGAAUAGCACUUUUUUUUUUUUAACAAAUCUGCGGCUGAUCCACACGGUCAUUAAAUCACUUGUGAAGACUUAGUUAAAGGGAAAAAAAAGAAAACUACCAAAAAAACUGGGCUGUGUGCCAGCCAUGAUUGUAAAGACUGUUUUGUCCUUCAUGAAGAAGAGCUGUAUUUUCAGUACCUGUGUGACUUCUGGGAAGCAUGACUGAACCCUGUUUUUUUUUUUACCAGACUGUGAAGGCGAUAACUGUAGACUUUACAGACGGAGACGUUUGCCUUAUGGGUUUUCUGUUUGUGGUUGUCACCCCUUCCCGUGUACAUGCUGCCACCUGGUGGCCGAGCAACGUGGUAGCGCCCCUGAGACAGACUUGAAUGAAAACACUGUGCUAAAACAAGAUCUCACCCUACAGCAAUAACCUGUCAGUUCCAAUACGUUCCCCAAGAUUCACUUUGUUGUCCUCCCAAACCGGUCAGUGUUCUGUGGAGUGUAAACAACGCUGGGUCAAGUCAUGUUUUAUAUUGUUCAGCAGUUUUUCAACCUUAGUCUCCAUUCAAUUUCAUCUCUGAUAUCAUCUGCCCUUUGUCUAAUCGACCAUGGAAUUAGAUGACGCAGAUGGUGACGGUGGUCCUUGUUAGUCAGUGACAUGGCAUCAUCUAAUCACCCCCCAAUUCAAUGUACACUAUUAUCUAGUCGGAGUGCAGCUUCAAGAAUCUCUGGCCAAGCGUACGCUCCUUAUUCACAGACUACAAGUAGUAACAGAGCCAUCAGUUUCAUAUUAACCUUGUUCUGCCCCUUAUUGACCAGUUAGUUUGGUCAAAGCUGAACACAGUCUUAGAACUCAGGUGCAGACCAAACCAACCUGGGCACACACUGUGCCGAUUGAAAUCGUUUCACCCACAAUCUUACUUGGCCUACUCACGUUUGAUUCUCUAAACCGACUGUGUGAGACCCUCCAAUCCACUUUGAAAGACGCCCUCUUAAUUUGGUAAACACAGUAGUAGAACUCAGGUGCAAACCAAACCAAACAGUCCAUGGUCUCAGUAUGGCUCCAACCGAAUCAGCCCAAACCAAGGCAAAUUCAAACUGUUUCAAAUCUACUCACAUUUGGCCAGAUUUCGAGUCAUUUGUCAUCCGGUUUGGAGGAAGGAACAAGGUCGUUAUAUGAAGGCAUGUUCUGGCUUAAGACUUAAUGUAAAGUCCAGAAAAGUUUUCUAAUCAAAUAUUAGUUUCUUUUUCGUUAGCGUUAGCAAUGGACUAUAGUUGUACGGUAUACUGGAACUAGUAUAGUAUUGUGGUACUAAUGAAUCAAAGACUCUGUUUGAAAAGUACCAGAUCCCAAUUAUUAUUUUUAUUAACAACGGGCAUGACGGCGCGUCAUCACGUCAUGACAUUGCUGGUUUUAGGAGCAGAGGAGCAUGUUGGGCAGCGCACACACACAGAGAACUUACAAGCAGACACAGCGUGUAGACACCCUGGAAACACCCUCAGGAAGAGGGGCUUUAAGACAUGGCUAACUAGCUAGCAGCUAAAAUCCAUCCACAGUGUUUUAGUUACUUCUAAAUCUCUAAUCCUGGCCUCAAUGGCGACAAAUAAAGUGAGUUUCUUACAGGUACCAUUAUCACUGCAGGAUGAGGAAUACCUAAACAUGCUUCACUACACACCGUAGGAGGAUACAACAGCUCACCGCCCUCACAACCAUGAGUUGAUUUACGUGGACCCCGACUUAAACAAGUUGAAAAACUUAUUGGGGCGUUACCAUUUAGUGGUUAAUUGUACGGAAUAUGUACUGUACUGUGCAAUCUACGAAUAAAAGUCUCAAUCAAUCAAUCACACAAUGCAAACAAAUGCUAUUGGUGGAUCUACACCUGACAUCCACUGUAAUGAUACCAAGUACAAGAGCGUAUCUAGUCGAUAGUACUACGAUUAUAUCAAUAUUUUUUAUCAUCACAAAAUCUUUUUUCCUGUUUUUAAAAUUCAUAUUAUGUUUAUAAAGUCAGUUAAUAUGUCCCUGGACACAUGACGGCUUUGAAUAUGACCAAUGUAUGAUCCUGUAACUACUUGGUAUCGACAUGAUCCAUACCUAGAUGUGUGGUAUCAUCCAAAACUAAUGUCAAGUAUCAAAGAAGAGAAGAAUGAGUGAUUAUUACAUUUGAACAGAAGUGUAGAUAGAACAUGUUCAAACAGAAAAUACGCAGAUAUUAACAGUAAAUGAACAAGGAGAUUAAUAAUCAUUAUUUAGGAGUCUUUGUUUGUUUACUUACUACUAAAAGACAAGUUGUCUAGUAUGUUCAACAUUUUAUUUCAGGACAAUAAUAAACACAUGUUACAUGUACCCUAAGAUUUUUUGUCAAAAUAAAGACAAUAAUGACAUUUUUUGUGGUCCCCUUUAUUUAGAAAAGUAAGGAAAUACAUUUUGGUAGCGGUACCAAAAUAUUGGUAUGGGGACAAGCAGGAUGACACUCAAGCCCGACAUGAGUUCCAUCUUAUUAGGGAAAUAUGAGUGUGUGGUCAGGUUGAGAAAGUCUGUUCCCUACAAGUCUUGACUGUGUCCUUAGUCCUCGGCUCUCCUUUCAAACCCCAAGCACAUUGUGACGGACCAGACCGUCUUUUGACAGACAAUAUUCAUUCCAUGAUAGCUUUAUUUUGUUUCUUGCACUUUAUUGAACGCUGCAGCUGAGAGAGUUUACAUGACUGCAGUCUAGGCAGCAGUCUUGUUGUUGUGAUGCGGUUGUGUGGAUCACUGUGUCCACACCAACACUACUGUUGUGAUGCGGUUGUGUGGAUCACUGUGUCCACACCAACACUACUGUUGUGAUGCGGUUGUGUGGAUCACUGUGUCCACACCAACACUACUGUUGUGAUGCGGUUGUGUGGAUCACUGUGUCCAUACCAACACUACUGUUGUGAUGCGGUUGUGUGGAUCACUGUGUCCACACCAACACUACUGUUGUGAUGCGGUUGUGUGGAUCACUGUGUCCACACCAACACUACUGUUGUGAUGCGGUCGUGUGGAUGACUGUGUCCACACCAACACUACUGUUGUGAUGCGGUUGUGUGGAUGACUGUGUCCACACCAACACUACUGUUGUGAUGCGGUCGUGUGGAUGACUGUGUCCACACCAACACUACUG